UCAAAAGUUUUAACAUAAACUUUUCCAUUUGUCUUUUGAUUUUAACAGAGAGUCUCCAUUGUCUUUUUAUUUCUUUUUUGUAUCUUUUCUGGGUUGACUUUGUUAGUGCUUGCUGACAACUGCUACUUCUUAAUUUGUUCCAAAUCAGCGUGGAUAAGGGGUUUAUUUAUUACAUAUUGUGUGGACGUGUUUUUCUGCUUUUCCCAUGUGGAAUCUGGCUCUUACUGUCACUGUCGUGAAUAGUGUCCUCUUAUUUAUUAAUGUCUUGAUUCACUAUUAUUUCCUUGAUCAAGUGUUGUUUUUUCCUCUUCGAAUUUUAAUUUUCCCCCCUUGGUUGCUUUGGUUCCUCAAUGCCGUCCUGGGAUUUGAGAUCUGUUUUCUUUUUCAAGAAUUUCGGAGGCUUUUCGCAGUCUAAGAACGGAUCAAGUCAAAAGCCAGAAGCUUCUGCUGGAUUUUCUCAACUAUUUCUGCCGCUGAUAGCACCCAAGAAACACCAGCAGGCCAGAAUGAGGGGUGCCCGGCUUGGGUCACAUACUGUGAGGUCUCACGGUAUGACGGUGGCAAGGACUCAUUUGCAUGACUGGCUGAUCUUAAUACUACUUUUGGCCAUAGUUGUCAUUCUGAAUGCUAUCCAUCCGUUUUAUCGGUUUGUUGGAAAAGACAUGAUGACAGACCUCAAGUAUCCUCUAAAAAGUAACACUGUACCUAUGUGGGCUGUGCCAGUGUAUGCUGUUCUGUUGCCUAUAGUUGUUUUUCUGCUAGUUUAUUUUCGGCGAAAUGAUGUUUAUGAUCUUCAUCAUGCCAUAUUGGGGCUCUUGUUCUCUGUUCUGAUAACAGCUGUUAUCACAGACGCCAUAAAAGAUGCAGUUGGACGGCCUAGGCCAGACUUCUUCUGGCGCUGUUUCCCAGAUGGAAAAGAAGUUUACGAUAAAUGGGGAGAUGUUGUAUGCCAUGGUGAUAAAAAUGUCGUCAAGGAAGGGCAUAAGAGUUUUCCCAGUGGGCAUACCUCCUGGUCCUUUGCUGGUCUUACCUUUCUGUCACUUUAUUUAUCUGGCAAGAUACAAGUCUUUGACCGUAGAGGACAUGUUGCAAAACUGUGUCUUGUGUUACUUCCGCUUCUGCUUGCAUCUCUGGUUGCCAUUUCUCGGGUGGAUGACUAUUGGCACCACUGGCAGGAUGUGUUUGCUGGAGGUCUAAUCGGUCUUGUAGUUGCAGCAUUAUGCUAUUUGCAGUUUUUCCCACCUCCAUAUCAUGUUCAAGGCUGGGCAACUUACGCUUACUUCCGUGUGCUGGAGGAGUCCCAAAGAACAUCACAAGCUGAAAAUGCUGUAAAUGCCAAUGUAAAUAAUACACAGAGUGCAGAGGUUCAAGUAGAAAGUCAACACAAUGAGAGAAACCACCAUGCGUGUAUGGGCAUUUCUUUAUCCGGGGAUUCUGGUCCAACCGUGGAAGAUCUAGAAUCUGGGAGAAGGUAGUUUAGCUUUAGGCAGUUUGAAUUCCUCACACAAAUGCUGUCCGAGUCAAGGUUAUUUUGCAGAACUGACCUCUUGUGCAGAAUAUGCUCCAUUGGAUGGACUAGAUUUCACUCUUGCCACUCUUAUUGCAGGGCAUAUGCUUACACAUAUACUAGAAUGUGAAGAAUUGUCUCUUUUUUCUUAUUGUUCGAUUGAUUGUUGUACCAUUCCAGUUAGUAGUACAGAAUUAGUAGAUCGGGAGAUACAUGAAACUGCUACCUGCAACUUUUGAUAGCAAUUUGGGAAAGUAUGUGUACAGCGCGAAAAUGUGCCAACUGAUGUUUGUAACAAAGGCGAAUACACUUACUUUGAGUGUUUGUGCCAAUGUUCUCUUCUGCAGGUGAAAAUUUACGCAUAAUGAUAGGUGACAGUUUGCUAAGGAUCAUACUUUCAAUUUUUCUGCUGCUGAAAGUGGAGGAUUUAUUGAUAUAGACAAUGCGAGGGUGCGCGAAUUAAAUGUAGAAUUCUCACUUGGCUCAAGGAUGGCUAGUGGUUCUCUCUUUAUUUGAACAAACGUUUUUGAUUGAAUAGAAAAGAGGGAAUAUGAGCUUCUUCUUUUUUUUCUAAAAAA